AUGCUUAAAUCAAGUGGUUUUGUACAAAGAUCAAGUAGUAUCAUACAACUAAGCCCAUUUUUGGAUGAAAACGGCCUCAUUCGUGUUGGUGGUCGGCUUCGUAAAUCUAAUCUCGAUUACGAUGCAAAACAUCAAAUACUUCUACCAAAGAAAAAUUUCGUAACAUCGCUAAUCAUUCGUGGUGUUCAUCUACUAUGCCUUCACGGCGGACCAAGAUGUACCGAAUCAGUAUUAAGGCAAACAUACUGGGUUAUAAAUUCUCAAAUUGAAAUAAAGAAAGUCGUUAGUAAAUGUGUCACGUGUUUCAGGCACAGAGCAAAGCCAAUGAAACAAAUCAUGGCGGAUCUCCCAGCCGUUAGAUCACAAGAUUCCAUAAAACCAUUUACGAAUUGCGCCGUGGAUUUCACGGGCGCUAUUCCAUACAAACUAUCAAAAGGCAGAGGAUCGAAAACCUCAAAAGCAUAUAUAGCAGUUUUUGUGUGUAUGAGUACAAGAGCAAUGCAUUUAGAGUUAGUCACAGACAUGUCCGCGAAUGGCUUCAUUGCUGCUUUCAGGCGCAUGGUGGCCAGACGUGGCAUGGUGGCUAAUAUGUAUAGUGACAAUGGCACGAAUUUCGUAAGAGCCAAUAAAGAUUUGCACGAAUUUUUUUCACUUCAUUGCGAGGAGUUUCUUAACGAAUUGGCCUCAAAGGGCACAAGUUGGCAUUUUUCACCAGCUGGUGGACCUCAUUUCAACGGCUUGGCCGAGGCAGCCGUAAAAACAGUAAAAACGCAUUUAUUCAAAACUAUUGGCCAUACAGCGUUGACGUAUGAAGAAUUAUGCACGCUUCUUUAUCAAGUAGAGGCUUGUGCUAAUUCAAGACCAAUUUGCGCUAUGUCAACUGAUCCAAAUGACACCGAAUGCUUAACACCAGGCCAUUUUUUG